AUGGAAGAUUCUCCGCCAAGUGGAGAGGAUGAGGUCGUUGAGCCCGACCAGGGAAAUGUUCUGUCGCAUAUCAUUUCUCAGCUUCGGCCCGGUGCCGACCUGAGUCGUGUCGUCUUGCCGACGUUCAUCCUUGAGCCCCGGUCUAUGCUGGAGCGGAUCACCAAUUUCAUGGCUCACCCUGAAACCCUCCUCCCUAUGUCUGCCAUUGAGGAUCCCGUUGAGCGCUUUGUCUCUGUGGUGAAAUUUUACCUCAGUGGAUGGCACAUCAAACCACCAGGAGUGAAGAAACCGCUCAACCCCAUCCUGGGAGAGACUUUCACUUGCUACUGGGACUAUCCCGAUGGAACCCGCGCCUACUACAUCUCCGAACAAACCUCCCACCACCCACCGAAGUCGAGCUAUUUCUUUGCUGCCCCGGAGCAUAAAAUUCGUAUCGAUGGAACACUCAAGCCCCGGAGUAAGUUCUUGGGUAACUCCGCAGCCAGUAUGAUGGAGGGUAUUGCUAUUUUGCGGCUGUUGAACCAUGGGGAUAAAGAAAAGGGCGAAAAAUAUAUCCUGACCCAACCCAAUAUGUAUGCGCGCGGCAUUCUUUUCGGAAAGAUGAGAUAUGAGCUCGGCGAUCACAGCUACGUGCGUUGUCCCGAGAAUCACCUUGUGGCCGAUAUCGAGUUCAAGACCAAGGGAUAUUUCUCCGGUACAUAUAACGCAAUUGGAGGAACUAUCAAGAACGAACAGACCGGGGAGGUGUUAUAUGAACUUUCCGGAAUGUGGAAUGGGGAGAUGCACCUGAAAGAUGUUCAUACCCACAAAAAAGACAUCUUGUUCGAUGCGACACACGCAAAGGCCACAGCACCCUUAGUCCGUCCCAUGGAGGAGCAAGGAGAGCGAGAAUCGCAACGACUCUGGCACAACACCGUCCAAGCGAUCCAAGCGCGUGACCACGAAGCCGCAACCGACGAAAAGACCAAAAUCGAAGACCGCCAGCGCGACGAAGCCGCCAAACGCGCCGACGAGGGAAUAGACUGGCAUCCCCGAUUUUUCCGCGCCAUCCAAGGCGGCCCCGGCGGACCAGAUGAGGGCGAGGAAGACCUCGACUGGAUCAUCAAUGCUCAAAUUGACAUGAACGAUCCCCAGGUCGCCACUAAACAAAUCCUCUCAAUCGUACCCAUCGUCCAAGGUCAGAAGGAGUCAUCCCAGUUUCAAAUCCCGCCGCAUCACCCCUCGAACUAG